AUGCUAUCGUACAUCGCCGCUGCAGGUAACCAAACCAACAUCGGAACCAUCAAUCGUCUUAUUGGUACCAAAGAAGCUGCUCAUGAUAGCCGAAUUAACGGAGGUACUCAGCUGUUGGCGACGAGGCUGGCGGAGAAGCUAAGAUUCAGCAAAAUCGUGAUAGGACAAAGAGUUCCAAGGCUAUUCAUCAUCUCACGCUCUAGUUUUACUGAGGCUGAGGAGUUCUCAACAUUCGAGUUUGAUGUUGAGGUUGACAAACCGACUCAUCUGGUCCCUUAA